ACAGCCUGGCAUAACAAUUUUUGGUUGGAUUUGAACUACCUGGAAGUGGCCAGGGCAGCUCAGUAUUGCUCAGCCAACUUUUCAGCAGUUCUGUUUACUGAAAUUUGGUGGGACACACAGAGGAACCAAAGUUCAACAAUAGAAAACAGCUCCAGCUCUCAGACUCCUGACUACUCCCAGGAGUCACAGCUGGAUCCUUUAACUCUGGUCAGUUCCCAGGGGGAGACUGGUCAGAGUGUCCAAGAACUUCUGCUGGAUGUGUACACAAGUAUUGGAGAUCCUGAUGGUAUCUAUGGAUGUGGAGCUGGGAAGCUGGCCCAGCCAAUGACCAGAGUACAGACAUACCUCCAUGAGCAGCAGCAGACGAAGGCAUUAACUACUUUAGACAUUGGAAUCUCUCACAACACGUCCUCUGUCUCCUUGCUGUUGCAG